AUGCGUAAGUGUAAAGUAUUCGUUGGUAAUUCUCAUCCAGAUCUAGGUAAAUUAGUCUGUGCAAGAUUAGGCAUUGAACCUGCCCCAUGUACUUUAAAGAAGUUUUCCAAUGGUGAAACCUCAGUUCAAAUUGGUGUCUCCGUUCGUGAUGAAGAUGUUUAUAUUAUUCAGUCUGGUUCAAACACUAUCAAUGAUCAUAUUAUGGAAUUAUUAAUUCUCGUCUCAGCCUGUAGAGGUGGUUCUGCUAAAAAAAUCACUGCAGUGAUUCCACAAUUCCCAUACUCUAAGCAAUGUAAAAUGAGAAAGCAUAGAGGUGCUAUUACAGCAAGAAUGUUAGCAAAUAUGUUAAUCAUGGCAGGUGCUGAUCAUGUUAUAUCCAUGGAUUUACAUGCUUCUCAAAUGCAAGGUUUCUUUAGUAAGCCUGUUGAUAAUUUAUAUGGUGCACCAAGUUUAGCCAAAUGGAUUAGAGAAAAUGUUCAAGACUAUCAGGAUGCUGUGGUUGUCUCGAAGAAUGCCGGUGGUACUAAAAGAGUUACUGCUCUAGCUGAUGCUUUGAAAAUUAAUUUCGCCAUGAUUCAUACUGAUCGUCGUCGUUCACAAGAUAUAUAUACUCAAAACAAAAAGACUAGUGCUAACAGAAGACAAUCCUCAAUUAGAAGAAAUAGUAAACCUACCAUUUCCCAAGAAAAUGUCCCAGGUGAACAUAAUAUUAUCUUAACAAAUGGGUUCCAAACUGCUAGAAUUCGUAAUGGUCAUGUCAUUGCUGAUGAUGAAGAAGAAGUUGCCGUAGAAAUCGAUAAUGAUGAUGAAUCAGCUUUCUCUGAUUCUUGUGCUUUAGGUGAAACUUAUGAAAAUGGUGAUUCUGAUGACGAAGAAGAUGAACAAGUUCAAAAGGAAAAAUUGAUUACAUUAGUUGGUAAUGUCCGCGAUUGUUCAGCAAUUAUUCUAGAUGAUAUGAUUGAUAGACCAGGCUCAUUUAUCAGCGCUGCUGAACAUUUGGUUAAGAAUUGUGGUGCUAAGAAAGUAUACGUAGUUGCAACUCAUGGUUUGUUUACCGGUGAUUGUUUGGAAGAAUUAGAAAAAUCAGAUGCUAUUCAUCAAAUCAUCGUUACAAAUACAUAUCCAAUCUCACCAGAGCACCGUUCCAAGUCGAAAAAAUUGGUGAUUAUUGAUGUAGCUCCAAUUUUCGCUGAAUGCAUUCGUCGUGAUCAUUACGGUGAAAGUAUUUCCGUUUUAUUUGACAAUCUUGCUUCAUUAUAUAAAUAA